AUGCCGCGCCAGACGAAGCCCAUGCUCCGCACCUCUGCGAUCCAAGUCGAGUGCUCGGGUUGGACUCUCGUCGACGCGACGAUGAUCGAGGUUGCAAGGAUGGGCCAGGUGCAGCCCGAGGGCCUCGCGCUCGCGACGGCCCUCGGCACUGCCGGCACCAUCGGCAGCACCGCCGUCGUGCCGCUCUUCUACGCCUUCCAGCGGCAGCUACGCUGGCCCCUCGGGCGGUGGGUGUGGCUGGCGCUCGCCGGGCAGAUGGGCGCGGCGGUGCUCGGGGCCGCCGCGUGGAGGGUGACUUGGGGCGGCACUUCCGCGGCCCUCUACGCCGUCUCCUUCCUCUCGACCUUCUCCGGCAACUUCCAGCAGCUCGCCGUCGUGCCGUGGGUGCAGGAGGGCGGCACAGACAGCGCCGCCGUCUCGUGGACUAUGGCGGGCUCCAACUUCGGCGCCGUCAUCUGCUCGCUCGUCGGCUUCCUCCAGAUGCCGGGCUCGCCCGAGCAGCGCUUCUCCGUCAGCGUUUUCUUCGCCGUCGUCGCGACCCUCGUCGGACUCGGCGCCGCCGCGUAUGCGCUGCUGCGGCGGCGGCGGAACCGGCACUCUUCGCGCCCCGCCGCCGAGUGCAGCGCCAGCCGAGGCGAGGGCGGCCGACGGGCGAGGCAGCCGGUUGCGGGAGACGGGAUGGCGAGCAUGCGUCACGUGCAGCAGAGCGACCUGAUCCUCCGACGGGCGAGCGGGUCGCGCUGCGCGAGGUGGUGCCGCAGGGCGCGCGGCUGCGGCGGCUUCCUGCCGUGGUUCGCGCUCCACCCCCACGUCGUGCGCGUCGCCGCCGUCAACGCCAUCCUCCAGCUCGUCUGCUGGAUCUUUCUCCGCUCUCUCAUGCCGUACGCUGCGGCGCGCGCAGCCAGCGAGGAUGGCACCGCCGCCAGCGCGCAGCAAGCGCACGAGGACGGGCACGCAGGCGAGCUGCAGGCGUUGACGGUCGAGGUCUCGCUGCUCGCCGUCUUCGCCGGCGCCACGCUCUCGGCGUACGUGCCCGACCGCGCCGUCCGCCUCGCGCCGGCGCUCGCGUGCGAGCUGCUCCCGCUGGUCGCCAUCUCCGCCCUCUGCGCCGGCUGGCGGCCCCUCGGCUCCUCGACCGGUGCGCGCGCCGCCUUGCUCGUCUCCGCGACCGUGGCACGCUUCGCGGACGGGCUCUUCUCGCCGCUGCUCUACCGCAUCGCCGGCGACCCCUUCCCUGAGAGCGAGCGGCAGGCAGUGACGCAGUGGACGGGCGUCGUCGCGAUCGUCGUGUCGACGCUCGGCACGUGGGUCACGCUCGGGCUGGUGGCGGGAGGCGUGGUGGGGGGCUGGCCGGAGAGCGGCGAGGAGGGCAGCGGCGAAGGAAGCGGCGAGCCGGACUGA